CCUACUGGUGUUCCUGAUGACCGUGAGGAAGUUUUAGUAGGUGGUAGUGAAUGACUUGACAGCUCAUUGUAAAUAAAACGGAUUCGCGCAGACGUAAUUGCGCAGCGAUGGCAGACGCAGCCUUCCUAGAGGACACGCUGCCCGAAGAAGAGAGGGAGUUUCAGAAGAUUAUAGCCUUGAUCGGCGGUAAAGAGAGGAUUUAUUUGGUGAGCGAUGCGUGUAAAAGUAAAGAGGUGGACGGGAAUGACGCUGGAAUACUGCAGGAGUUCAUCCGUGACAUGUUUCACAACAGCAGCCCGAUGGACAGCAACGGACAAACCUCUCUGUUAAGCAGUCACGACGAUACCGCAAGUGCAAGCCCCAUUUGCUGCAAGACCGAGACUGUCAAAAGCAAUGAAAUACCACAAAUAGCGAGGCCCAAUGAUUUGGAUUUGAGAGCCUGUCCGGUGGAAGAGGACUGGGAGAAGGAGAAGCGGCCAACGCGCAAUGGCAAUGCUCAAAGAAUAGCAACGAGGAGGGCAAACAGCGCGAAGCGAACUAUAGACUGUCCUAUCAUCAUAUUCAUCUUCCGACAGACAUUUCUCAGCAAAACUUCCAACGAACUGUGCUUAAAAGAGAUGUUGAAGGACGUAAAGACACGCACGAAACGUUCCAGAAUCGGCCGACCAGCUCUGAUUGGAUUAAUACGCACCAGACAGGAGAGCGCCGAGACGCAUCAGUGUGCGCAACUCCUGGAGCGUCUGAUUAGCUCAGUGUUCCACAAACAAUCACCAGAGACAAUAUGGGUCGGCUGUUUCAUCCCGAAGACAGAGGCCAAAAUGCUCAGCAUCAAGAAAAACGCCUGCAAAGUUAUACACGCAUCUCAAACAGCAGAUAAUACAAGGGAUAGAGGGAACCCACUUUGCUGGCCAUUCCAAUGUUUGUUCUGGGCUCAGAGAAGAGGUCAGGCCAACAACUCUUCAACCGGCAGUCAAAGAGGUAGCAGCAUCGUCCUGAAGUUCAGUUUGACUGAGCUAUACAGGCAUUUCCAUUCCGACAGGAUUCUUUCAACUCUUCUUCAUCCUUUCCAUACACCAACUUAGUCAUGUUCAGGGUUGUCAGGGGACUGGAGCCUAACCCAGAUUGCACUACAUGGGCAAAAGGCAUGCCUACCUGUCUGGCUGCAGGCAAAUGGAUAGACAAAGACAUUAAGGGUCUAAUAUUAUGCUAAUUUUCUGGUUCAUACUUGUACUUUGGCUUUAAUGUUCAAAAAACACAUUAUUUUCCUCAUACUGGCUGACUGAAUACCUGUAUUACUCUGUCUGAAACGCUACGCUUUAGCACCUGUCUCUUUAAGCCCCCCUCCCAAAAAAGCCCAGUCUGCUCUGAUUGGUCAGCGUUUCCGCAUCUGCGCCCUCUGAGACUUUGCAUGUCUUUGCAGCCGGGGAAUGACUAUAACAGCAUUGUAUAGCAGCACGUUCCAGGGGUGUCGGAGUGGGGGUGGAAAUAGGACUGAGUACCCAGGGCCCUCAUGUGAGGAGGGCCAAAAAAGAUGCUAGAAUGAAUAGCUGUGGAUGCUGGGAGGGGCCCAUAGAGAAUGCCUUUCUACAGGGCCCAGAAUUUUGUGCUACGCCCCUGGCACGUUCUACAAAUAUAUAGUAUAGUUGUAAAACCACAACCUUACAGCUCAUUUAAAGGCACCUUUUCUGAAUACAGGCUGUGUGCAUCUUUCUGUGGAUUGAGCGUUUUGAUACUUUCACAGUUUUUAUAUAGCAUCUCGACCUGUUUCAUAAUCAAAAAAGAGUAAUUAAAGAGAAUAGAAAACAAAAAAACAAGAAAACA